AUGGCAGAUAAUUCUAAAUUGACUGAUGAGGAGCGAGCUGAAAUCAGGGAACAAUUUGCCCAGCUGGACACGAGCGGCAACGGCUUCAUCGACCUCAAAGAGCUGAAGGACGCUCUGGACGGCGUCGGAUACAAGAUACCACAAUGGAAGGUUCGCUGCAUGAUAGAGGAGUACUACGACAACGGAUCGACGAGACAAGGCCGCGGCGUCAACGGCAGCGUGAACGGAGACGCGCGCAGAAACGGCAUGUCGCUGACCGAAUUCGAGGAGCUCUGCGCCAAUCUGAAGGCGCAGCAGGUGGCGAGCACAUUCAAACAAGCUGUCAGUAAAAAAGAGAACCUCGAACACUUGGGAGGCAUGAGCGAGGCUUCCAGUGACGGCACCACGCACUCGGUGAGACUGGAGGAACAGAUGGCAUUCUCAGGCUGGAUCAACAGCAAUUUGGAGAAUGACCCCGAUCUUAAGCACCUGCUGCCAAUAGACGCGGAGGGGAAACAGCUCUACGAGAAACUCAAAGACGGCCUCAUACUAUGCAAAGUGAUCAACCACUCGUGCCCGGACACGAUCGACGAGCGGGCGAUCAACAAGAAGAACCUCACGCUCUACACGAAGCACGAGAACCUGACCCUGGCGCUGGUCUCCUCGCAGGCGAUCGGCUGCAACAUCGUCAACAUCGACGCCCACGACCUCGCCAAGGGCAAACCGCAUUUGGUACUUGGUCUCCUGUGGCAGAUCAUCCGCAUCGGUCUAUUCAACCAGAUAACUCUCGAGCACUGUCCGGGUCUCACUGAACUGCUCAAUGACCAGGAGCGCAUCGAGGACCUGCUGGCGCUGUCGCCGGAGGCCAUCCUGCUGCGCUGGGUGAACCACCAGCUGCAGAGCGCUGGAGUGACGCGCCGCUGCACCAACUUCCAGCAGGACGUCGCCGACUCGGAGAUCUACUCGUACCUGCUCAAGCAGAUCGCGCCCGACGACGCGGGCGUCACGCUCGACGCGCUCAGGGAGACGGACCUGUUGCGGCGCGCCGAGGUGAUGCUGCAGCAGGCGGCGCGCCUCCGCUGCAGGGCGUUCGUGACGCCGGCCGACGUGGUGGGCGGCGUGUACAAGCUCAACCUGGCCUUUGUGGCGAACCUCUUCAACCAGCACCCGGGUCUCAGCCGCACCGCCGACACCGAGCAGUACCACCAGCUCGACGAGACCAGGGAGGAGAAAACGUACCGCAACUGGAUGAACUCGAUGGGCGUGGCGCCGCACGUCAACUGGCUCUACUCGGACCUCACCGACGGCCUCGUCAUCUUCCAGCUUUACGAUAUCAUCAAACCGGGCAUCGUCAAUUGGAAGAAGGUGCACAGGCAGUUCUCGAAGCUUCGCAAGUUCAUGGAGCGGCUGGAGAACUGCAACUACGCAGUGGAGCUGGGAAGGCAGCUCGGCUUCUCUCUGGUGGGAAUAGCAGGCGCCGAUAUCAACGAAGGCAACGCCACUUUGACCCUGGCUCUUAUCUGGCAACUUAUGCGCGCGUACACCCUAUCCGUGCUCACACGGCUCGCUAACACUGGCAACCCGAUCAUAGAGAAAGAGAUUGUGCAGUGGGUCAACAACAAAUUGCAAUCGGCCGGCAAGACUUCUUCCAUCAAGAGCUUCCAGGACGAAGUUCUAGCGGACGGUAAGGUGGUGAUUGACCUGAUCGACGCAAUUAAGCCGGGCUCCAUAAACUACGAUUUGGUGCUGCCUGGUGGCAAUGAGGAGGAGAACCUGGCGAACGCGAAGUACGCGAUCUCAAUGGCGCGCCGCUGCGGCGGCCGAGUGUACGCGCUGCCCGAGGACAUCACCGAGCGGAAGCCGAAGAUGAUCAUGACCGUGUUCGCCUGCCUAAUGGCCCUCGACUACAUCCCGACCAUGGACGCGCCCGUCGCUAAGAUUGAGGGCAUAGAACCAGCGGAUUCGCUGAACAAUUCGAUAGAGUCCGAAGCGGAGAACGAACAGACACCCGAGCAGAGUUCCGAAGGCCUGGACGACUCGGGCAUUGGAUCGACGAUCGCGGAGAAGCCGGCCCUGCCACCCAAACCGGAGAAAUUGUCACCCGUACUGAGGUCCGCUCCCGUCCAAUCGACGAACGACGCGAAAGGAGAA